AUGAGUUACCUAUAUAGCAGAUUCUUUGUUCUUCACACAGCCAUACCUAUCAGUUUAGAAAUGGAAUGGGAACCCGAUAUGAAAGAAAGUGACUGGUUCCUGAAGCAGCUGUGCAGAAAGGCUGCUGACGUGUGUCUAGACUUGAACAAUUGUGGAUUAACAGCUGCAGAUGCCAAGGAAACUGACGUGGAUGCACUGGACAUUUCCUGGAAUGAUUUUGUCAGCGGAACACUUUGCUUGUUCACUGAGCAGAUGCAUCAGGUUCGCAAGCUGAAAGUCCUGAGGCUGAGGAGCUGUGGACUUACCACUGAGGAUGUUCAAACACUGGGUAAGGUGACGCCUCUCCCAAAACAUGGUGCCUUUGCAUCCUUGGAUGUGCUGAGGAUGCUAGAUCUCCCCUGCAACAAGGAACUGGGUGGAGGCUAUGAAGGCUCACCUGCUCAGCUGGUGGCAGAGCACCUGGAUGUCCUGGCCUCACUAACAGCAGGUGAUGUGACCUCACUGAGAAAGAUAGUCUGCAGCAGCUCAGGAGGAGGCCACAUUCCUGGGUGUGACCCCAAAGGGUCAGCCAAUAGUGUCCCAAGUACAACCUUUUCAGCCCUGGCUGAAGCCUCUGUUUACCUCCCUGCUCUGGAAAUGCUCAACCUUUCUUGGAAUAAGUGUGUUGGUGGGAAUCUGAAGCUGCUUCUUCAAACACUGAAGCUGCCACGGUCAAUCUGAGUGUUGAGACUAAGCAGCGGUGCCCUGGUGACAGAGAACGUGAUUCUCCUGGCCUCAGCCAUAUGGACAGGCCAUUUAGCUGAGCUGCAGAAGCUUGACCUGAGCUACAACAACAGCAUCUGUGACACAGGAUGGGCGAUCUUCUGCCAAAACCUCUGCUUCCUUAAAAAGCUAACUGAACUAGACUUCAGCCUUUGGCCAUUGAGUUCCCGGGGUCGUGGGCGAUGGUUUAGGCACUUACUAUGUUCUGUGACCAAACUUCCUGUGGUCACUGAGAUAGGAAUGAGAAGAUGGGUCAUACGCCUCGAAGAAGGAAGACCAGAAGGCUUUACCCACAACCACAGAAGGGGCAUUCAAUUUGACCACAGUGGGUUUCAGUGUGCUGCUUCCUAA